AUGGCCACCGACUUUAACCAACACCCUCAACAUUCUUCUCUCGAACCUUUCCCGCUCUUCAUCGACUCGGCACCUCCUAACUCGGCCAACUACUUCUCCUCGCCCAUGGCCAUGGCCGCAGUUCAACUGUUGGCCUCCUCCAGUUCGUCGCACCUGCGGAAGCCACGGAUAUCCAUGCCGGCCAAAGUCUCCAAUUACCUUCGCUUGCGCUACUAUCAGUACGAGGUCACCUUCGGCGUCUAUGUCAUGACGCCCACGGAAAAGUUCAUCUUCAACACCAUGGUUAUCGUCGCCUUCAUCGCCCUACUCUACGCGCUCUUCUGGGGGGUUGAGCCCUUCGUCGUCAACACCCUGUGUCGAGUAAAAUAUUACGCGACCGGCUCCUUGUCCAAUACACACCAACUGUGCUCAUGA